CAGUGUGAAUCCUGCAUGACUGUACAUCCAAUCGGCUUCGCCACAGGAGUUGCGCACGCAGGUUGGAGAUCACUUUCAUUUGUCUGUUUGUCCCACGACUCUGCGGCAGCGCUACAGCCGUGGCACGAGCGGCCCUUUCCUUUCACGAUGGACUCGAAGAAGGCGCCUGUCAAAAAGAACGCGAAGCCCGAGAAGAAGACAAAGAAGGAGCCGAAGGAUGCGUCGAAAAAUGUGAUGCGCGAUGUGCGAAUCCGGAAGCUCUGUCUGAACAUUUGUGUGGGAGAGUCCGGUGAUCGACUGACACGCGCUGCUAAGGUCUUGGAACAACUGACCGGCCAGCAACCCGUCUUCUCUAAAGCCAGAUACACAGUCCGUUCUUUCGGUAUUCGCCGUAAUGAAAAGAUCGCGGUACACUGCACAGUACGUGGUGCAAAGGCUGAGGAAAUUCUCGAACGUGGCCUGAAGGUGCGUGAAUACGAAUUGAAAAAGGAGAACUUCUCUUGUACUGGGAACUUUGGUUUCGGCAUACAAGAACAUAUCGAUUUAGGAAUUAAGUACGAUCCUAGCAUCGGUAUUUAUGGUUUGGACUUCUACGUUGUGCUCGGACGCCCAGGUUUCAAUGUGGCACACAGAAGGAGAAAAACUGGUAAAGUCGGUUUUCAACAUAGGCUUACCAAAGAAGACGCGAUGAAGUGGUUCCAGCAGAAGUAUGAUGGUAUCAUCAUAGCUGGGAAGAAGUAAUAUACACAAUUUGUAUUUUACUAUUCCAUAAAAUGUAAAAUAUUCAAAAAAAAGUAAAACGGCUACCGUCAAACUUU